GUGAGCGCAAGUUGUUUUCUUUUUCCAAAGUGUGUUGGCAGUCUUCGUGUGUUCUGUGUUGUUGGCGCCGAAUUUUGUUACUGAUUUUGAAAGAGGAGCAUGUGAUGUAGCAUGGCAUCAGAUCACGCACCGUCAGACGUUGAGGGCAGUCUAACCUCCUUCUCAGCUCUCUCGUGGUGGUCAGAUUCAGAACGUUACCAUCGAGGCUCAUCAACUGAGGAGUCACCGUGGUGGGAGUCGGACAGCGAUGUCAACACACAAUGGGAGGUCAGGCAAGAGAGUCCUAUUCCUUCUGAAGUCUUCGUUGGAAAUGUCAGCAGUCCCUCGUCAGUCACCCCAACAUGGUGGUCGGAGCCGUCCUCAAGGCACCUCAGUACUUCUGGGACUGAGGUUGAAGUUAAUCCACGAGGAAAGUGCCACGUCAGGGAAGGAGGACAACAAAGCGGCACCAAUGACGAGGAGGUGAAAUCCAAGCCGAAGAACAAUCGGAAGAGGUUACGGGAACAAUAUAACGUCUUGGGCAAUGAUGAAAAGGAACCUCCAACAACCAGACUAAAACCCAACCCAUCGUCUCUUCAUGCCGACUUGGCAACUGUUGCCAACGACAUCAAGAAAGGCAUCGUCGAACCUCUGCAGAUCUUCCUCCUCUUCUUCACAGUCGACGUCCUCAACAAAAUCUGCGAUCUGACCAACACCAAUGCCUGGGAAGUUGUCCUCGUCAACCCAGCCUUCGCAGGUGCCGACGGAGCGUGGGAGGACGUCACUGUAAAGGAGAUGCAGAUUUUCAUCGCGAUCGUCCAAAUCAUGAGACGUAAUCCAGACGUCGGUUUCGGUUCGUUCUGGCGAGAAGAGAGAGACGGCGAGCAUUGGCCGAGGACGCUCAUGAAACGCAGCCGCUUCUUCGCUAUUGUUCAGCUGCUCACAGUAGCCGACCCACCAAACAUUAAAAAGACAUCUCGUAUGCAAGACUCGAACUCACAAGAGGCAGAGAAAAUCAGAGAGCCUAACUCGCAGUCGGGUACAGUCACUGAGAAAUCAGAUUGUUAUCUCUAUUUCUUUGAUCAAAUCAAGACAGUGCUUAAAACAUUUCAACAACAGUUUAAUGUUCAGUUUGCAGAGAAAGUCAUAAAUAGAAAAGUGUCAACUGCACAGGAUGAAAUUUUUAAUUUUAUGAAGGUUGUCCGAUCACCGUCUGACGAGACGAAAACACAAUCGCCCACACAGACAGAUUCAAAACUUGUUCCCGAUCUUAAGUUGGAUGUUCUUAAAAGAUCUGAGGUGAUGUUACAGGUAAAUUCAUCCAGACCAAGUAAUGGGCUUGAGUCGGUAAAUGGACAAGAAAGUAGCAAGGAAGAUUCUAAGGAGCUUGUCAAACUUUCAAAUAAUAUACCAGGGGUCAUUGAAGAGAGACCUGUAGUUUGUGAUAAAAGCCUCGGCAAUCAGUCGGCUGACUUGAACGUUAUAAGCCUGAACUGGCACGAUGGAAAUGGUAAUGUAACUUUUGACCUUGGUUGCUCUGAACAAAGUGACGUAUUUUCAGGGGAUGUUGCAGUUGAGGGCACUCCAGAUCCUGGUUACUGGCAGAGCGUUUUUCUCCCUUGUCCAGAAGUGAUCUAUAAUAAAGACGCUAUAUCUGUUAAAGAUGACGCCAAUGUCGCUCAAAGUUCGGGUAGAUCUUUCAAUCCUCCCCUCGCCAAAUCAUUCUUUUACCACUAUUUGAACUUGGUGCAUUACUUCUCCAUGACUGAAGCUUUGCUAUGUCCGGUAUCAGCGUGCUCUGUCGAAGCUGGGAAGCUCUCAACGACGGAUUUGGGAGAUCAGAUAAUCGACGGGCUCGUCAGUCUAGGGGAUGUUGGUUUGUUGUCGCCGUCUGACUCGGACAGUGAGAUGAGAGAGUCGGACGUCUCUCGCGACACUUCCUCCGAUGAGGCUGGCGGAGAGAAAAGCGGUGAUGAAUCGGGCGGCGAUAACCAAAACCUCCACAAGUACGUCCAAGCAAGAAGUAGGAUCGGCCAGAAGUGCGCCCUCUGUUGGUCACUGCAUCGUGAGGUGCGCAAGGUUCACACUCGAUGCACACGAUGCGGGAGACACUUUUGUCUGUCGAGGUUCCGGAACUGUAUGGAUGAGGCGCAUGACGAUCUUGAGACAAUGCAGCAGAUCUUAGAUGAAGAAUCGAGUUGAUGAUGCUGAACAGGGGAGCAGGGCAGGCCUUGAAUUAUACGGAGGUCAUGGUCGCUGUUGCCCUGGUUCUUGCCUUGGUGCCCCUUAAAAGUUUUUAAUGGAUUUCCAAAGGAAUUGUCCUUUGCAAAACACAAUUGGCCUUGCCCCCUAAAAGAUGAAAUUCCAAGCCUGGUGGAGGUACAUUUUUAUAAAGCUGUAAAUACACAACAAAUUCCAAGCACAGAAAAAUCUUGCCGAGUAAAAGCUUACCAUUUUUUUGUAUGACUUUUAUGUUGAGAACUAAACAUGGAGUUAUGACCCCCCCCCCCCCGCCCCCCAUUACUGCAUGCACGCUCCUUACAUGUAUACAACACAGAGGAAAAGUUGCACCUCCCAUCUGCCCAUGCAGUAACUAUGAACUUGCAAUUACAGACCUAUAGCACAUAGACGAUGAAUUGUACAUUAUGGAAAUUUCAUUUUCACUGUAGAACUUGACCAAUAAAUAAUUAUAACUGUUUGUAUGCAAAUUUCUGUGUCAAGUUAAGCAUUUUUGUAUAUAAGUGUGAUGCACAUGUUGCGAAUACAGUUUUGAUAUUUUAA